ACAGCUGCCUGGGAACAUGGGCUUAGCUGGGGAGAGGCUGCAUGCACCUGCUAGGGGCAUAUACUGAUGGCACCGUUAGGAAAGAUGAAUCCAUUAGGAAACCUGUUACCACCCUGUGUGGGCACACUGCCUCCGCCACAUUACUGGUUUUAUCAUGUCGCCCCGGUCGCUCAGCCUGAAGGUGGCCUUGCUCUUUCCAGUGCUAAAUAAUGAAUGAUGGUUUGUGCUUGCCUGCUUCUACUCUGCCGGAGCAUCUGUUCUGCCCACUGCCUGUGUGGGUGAUGAAGCACAAUCAUGGAGCCUGGGAGCUAACAGGAUUAUGGCUUUCUGUCGUUCUACAGGAAAUAUUGGUUUAGCAGGUCUGCGUGUAGCAUGUCGUUCCACUGUAGCCGAGGAGCAGCCCGGGGUGUACUUACUAUAUUUACUGCCAAUAGACAUGAAGGAAAUACAUCAGUAAUUCGUUAUCCUGGGCACUUGGUAAGGAAUAACUCCUUGUAAGAUGGGUAGCAAACUACCCACUACUGCGUCUCUGGUUCGGCUCUGCCAGAAACUGAACAGGGUUAAGACUCUGGAAGAUGACCUGAUGGAGACGUCAUUGAAAAGAUGCCUUUCGACCCUUGACCUCACACUUUUAGGUGUAGGUGGAAUGGUGGGUUCUGGCCUUUAUGUACUGACUGGCACAGUGGCUAAGGAGAUAGCAGGGCCAGCUGUCCUUAUAUCAUUUAUAAUUGCCGGGUUUGCCUCUUUGCUUGCAGCUCUCUGCUAUGCUGAGUUUGGUGCUAGGGUGCCAAAGACUGGCUCUGCAUACAUGUUUACGUAUGUUUCAGUCGGUGAAAUAUGGGCCUUUCUCAUUGGCUGGAAUGUCAUCUUGGAAUAUAUGAUCGGUGGGGCAGCAGUUGCCAGAGCUUGGAGUGGAUAUUUAGACUCUAUAUUUGACCACAAAAUCAAGAACUUCACGGAAAGCCAUGUUGGAACUUGGAAUGUACAGUUCUUGGCUCAUUACCCUGAUUUUUUGGCUGCUGGAAUCUUAUUGUUUGCCACAGCAUUUAUAUCUUUUGGGGUCAGAGUAUCGUCCUGGCUUAAUCACAUUUUUGCUGCCAUUAGUAUGGGUAUCAUAGUUUUUAUUCUAAUAUUUGGGUUUAUCCUUGCAGAGCCAAAGAACUGGUCUGCUGAAUAUGGAGGUUUUGCUCCAUUCGGGUGGUCUGGCAUUAUGUCCGGCACUGCCACAUGCUUUUAUGCCUUUGUUGGUUUUGAUGUGAUUGCAUCCUCAAGUGAAGAGGCGAGGAAUCCUCAAAAAUCUAUUCCUAUUGCAACAGCUGUGUCUCUAGGCAUUGCAACGUCGGCCUACAUCCUGGUGUCUACUGUGCUGACUCUAAUGGUGCCUUGGAACACACUGAUACCAGAUUCUGCUCUUUCUGAUGCAUUUUUCCGACGAGGUUAUUCUUGGGCUGGAUUUAUUGUGGCUGCUGGCUCUAUUUGCGCUAUGAAUACUGUGCUGCUCAGUAACCUCUUCUCCUUGCCAAGAAUUGUAUACGCAAUGGCCGAAGAUGGGCUAUUUUUUCAGUUCUUCUCCAAAGUGAACCCGAUUACCAAAGUACCUGUCAUAGCAAUUGUGGUAUUUGGCACUUUGAUGGCAUUCUUGGCACUCAUUUUUGACCUGGAAGCAUUAGUGCAGUUUUUGUCUAUUGGGACCCUUCUGGCCUACACAUUUGUUGCAGCCAGUAUCAUUGUGUUGAGAUUUCAGCAAGAAAAAACAGAACCCCCAAAUGCAGCCGACCAGGAACAGAGUCCUCAGCACCAGGAGCCCGGAGUCGGUGCAGAGAGGAUUGGUGGAGAGGAACUUAAGGAAUACGAGUCUUUUUCUGACAAGCUUCAACUGGUUGAAACUCAGAAAAAAGCCAAAGACCGUAGAGAAACGGGACAUUUGAAAGCUGCCUUUGAACCAUACCUAAAGUUCUUGAGUGACUUUUAUCCCGGUGAAGUUGUCACAAUUUCAGUAGUGAUGAUGAUGGUCUUUGCCACAUGCAUGUGCUCUAUCCUGGUGUUUGGAAAUAAUCAAUUACAUCUCCCCAAGUGGUGUUUCUAUUUACUGAUUAUCAUUUUUCUGAUCGGGUAUUUAUGCAGCCUGUUUUUAAUUUGGGUCCAUGAGCAACAAAAGAAAACCACAACAUUUCAGGUCCCGUUGGUUCCGCUGAUUCCAUCUGUGAGUAUCCUGCUAAACAUAUAUCUCAUGCUGAAGCUGAACUACAUGACAUGGGUGCGGUUUUCCAUAUGGCUUGCUGUUGGUCUCAUUGUUUAUUUUGGUUAUGGCAUCUGGCACAGCAAAGAAAACUUGCGUGGACCAAAGAGUCACGGCGUCACUGCGCGUUAUGUAGUAUUCCCAAACAGCUGUCUAGAAGAGACUGUGCAGCAGAUCCAGCCCAACAUCCAGGAUGCCAUGGGAAGGGCUGAGAUGACAGAUGAAGAAAUCAUAAAGAGAUGAUAGUUAAAGGGUCCAUUUAGGUAUAGUGAAGCCUAUAUGUUAGGAAAGUCUUAUGUUGUACUUUUUUCCUUCGCUAGAAGGAUAUGCCAUUUGCACUGAAAUGUUAAAAAAAAAAAUCACAUGAAAAUCACAAGUCUAAAGAUACUUUCAGAAAAGCAUAAGGAGCAUAAGCACUGUACAAACUCCGGGUUCUGUUUCCUUCUGAAAUCUGGAGCAAUGAUUAAUACAGUACGUACAUCUAAGUUCCUGUGACUAUACUUAGCCUUACAGAAUGUCACUGAAUUACAUAGUGCAUACAUUAUGUUCUACCAGUAAUUUAUAUAUAACAAACUCCUCCAAAUUUAUUGCAUGGCUGGACCUCCAGAAAUGAGGGAUACUAGUAUUUUAUCAUCGGUUGAAAAACCUUUUUCAGUAGAAUAAUACAGAAUAUAUUUAUGUAGUUAGCUGGCAAGUGUAGGAUUUUUAUAGAACUGUUAAUAUUGUAUGUACUGUAUAUACUGAACACAUAAUAUAUCUAGCAAGUGUUAUGUAAGUACAGUAGUACUACCAAUCUCAAAGACCCUCAAGCCAGCCUAAACUUCUUGGCCUAGAAGGUUCACUCUGAACCUUGGUCACCCCUCUAUAUGUUUGACUAUGUAAUAAAACUAAAAAAAUUCAAGGACAAAUAUAUUGGCUUUCUAAAUAUUGGGGUAUUAUCUUGCUGAUUCAGAAUGGUGUGUAAUGCUGGUUAUAUGUACGGUAAUACCUGUACAUCUUGCUGAGAUAUUGCUGAAAUCUAGCAUUCGGAUUAGUGUUGGAGCUUUUGUGGCAUGAAAUUGACUGUGAUGCAGAUGAAAAUCCAAUUACAGGAAAUUCAGUCAUUAUGGGCAUUUUGGUAAAUGCAGACAGAUGACGACUGCAGAUUUCUUCAAUUGAAUGGCCAAUAUAUUGUGGGCACGUCGCCUGGUGUGUACCCCUGAUACGUCUGUUAUCGACAUCGUCCACAGAUAUAUCACGUCGGCCCUGCAGCACAGCCGAUGGCCAAUAUAUCAGCGCAUCGUGCUGUGUGUAUGUACACUUGCUGCAGAGGUCGCCAGUGAUUGACAUCACAACUGGCCGGGCAGAUGUAAAUGCCAGCCCAGUUGUGAUAUCAGGCCGACUAUCUGUAAGUUUACUGUACACCCACUUACUGAUCGUCACAUAGGCCGGACGGACAGCUGAUCCGUCGGCCUAGUAUGUACCCAGUUUAAAAGACCAUUGACAAGGCAGAAGCAAAUCCACCACGUAGCUCAGGGGGUGCCAGGAUUAGCCCAGGCUUGUUUUAAGUAAGUGUAUUGACCAUGGCUCUAAAAAAAACUCUUUAAUGGCGCUAAUAUAGUUGUUUGUUCUAUUUAUUUUUUUGUUUUAGCAAAUGUUUUUGAAUCGGAAAGAUAAGGUAAUUUUAUCUCCCCUUUACUCUGAAACUAAAACAUUGAGGGGCUGAUUUAUCAACAAGUUUUAUCAUACGCAACAAGUGUUUAAAACUCAUUGUGUACGAUAAAACUUGAUAAAUCAGCCCCUCGGUUUGUUAUAGGAGUGUUUGCCAUAUAAUAUACAGGCUCAGAAGUUCUCUGUUGUUUGGACUUUAUUGUAAAUCAUAAUAUUCUGGAUACAGGAGGUCAUGCAUGUUUGAUAGCACAAUUAUGAGGAUAUUUGGUAUAGCACAACAUGUUGUGGAUUUCACAAGAAUUUAUUUAUAUGAUGUUUGUGUUUAAAACUUAUUAUAAAACCUGUACUUCCCCUAUUUUAGGUUAAGUUUUACAGUCCUUGUUUAACCCAUCUAUAACCUAAAUGUUAGACCUCUGUAUAACAAUGCAUGCAAGUAAAACUUCAGACACUGUACAUUUGCGAUCCACCUAAUGAUUUCAGGUACACAUAUAAGUGUAAAAGAACCAACCGAAAUCUGGCUGCAGCCAUUGUGUCACACACACACCAGUGUGUUUGUGGUUAUUAAAUGACCAUUAAUAACGUGCUGGAGAUACUAGUUCUCAUCCCAGUAUUCACCUUCAAUGCAUCUUACUGGUCUGUUUUCUGAAGCUUAAAUCAAGCUAUAUAAAAAUCCUAUGGUAAUUACUUAUAAACCUGUAGUAUGUGUACUCCAAGGGGUACCUCAUAGAUUCAAGUGUUAAUUCAGUUUCUGAAAUUUAACUCUUAAAAACGUUAAAUGUAUUAGUAAUGAAAGGUACUUAAAAAAAUAAUAAAAAACAUACGUAAAUUUAAUUUAGGUAGAACUUACCUAUAUUUAUAGUAUUUUGAAUAGAUAUGCACACAUUAAGGAUACUUAGAUACAAUAAAACACUUAGGGGGGUCCUUGGUAACAUAUACUAUCGCAUAGGGACGUGCGGUGAGCUAAAUGGGUCAGGAGGCACUAGCUAGUACCAGAGCCAGAUUUACACACAAUAUAUGAGCCCAAGGGUUCAUGUCAGCAUUUUAUACAGGUUCAGUAGUAUAUACUGCUGGAAAUUUGGUGAGUUUUGAUCAGAGAUGUGCAGAAAAGGAAGACAGGGAAGGCGCUGCCUCACCUGUCGGAGACAUUUUUUACUCCAGAGUUUUGACUAUAAAAAUGAUCAGAAUAAUACAAAGAAGAUAUUUCUAAUAUAUUAUUUGUAUUUUUCAUAUACUUUAUAUAGUCAAAACUCUGGCUUUUAUGUUGGUAUUACAGGAAAGGCUCUGCCUCGCCUCACCGCACGUCACUGCUAUCGCACAUGCUGGGUUUUUAUAAAAAUGUAUUCAUUUUCAUAAUAAUAAUAGAAAUUCCUGAAAUACUAUUGUUAGUGUGUACUUGGUAUAUGUAAGUACAUUUGAAACUAGGUUGGUCACUUAAUGCAAUUUAAGUGGUCUGUACGAAGAUAAUGAUAUAUGGGGAAGAUGUAUCAACCUUGGAGAGAGAGAAAAGUGCCAACCAAUCCACUUCUGUUGUUCCACAAAUACAGCCUGCAAAAUUGCAGUUAGAAGCUGAUUGGAUGGUACUUUAUCUCCCUCCACUUUAACUCUCUCCAAGGUUUGAUAAAUCUCCUCCCUCUGUCGUAAGAAUUGUUAGUGCAAUAUCAAACAUUGCACAAAAUCAGGGGUUCUGUUUUAUUUCAGAUACCCUGGGGUAUACAGCACAUCAAUACAUAAUUCAGUACUUAUUGUUCUACGCAAAAAAAAUUUUUUUACAGUGUUUAGAUGUGUUGCAAGCUUUGGCUAACAUGUAAUGUACAGUUAUCUAUCUUAGUUACUGAUUUGCUGAGCCUGACAUUACUUUGAUAUAAAUUUUUAUACAAUUAUGCGCUUACAGUAUGCAGAGUUGAUCACAAAACGGGUAUAAGUACACACCAAUGUAGAACAUGUCCACCCAUAAAGUAAGCAGAGCCACACCUUCUGGAUGUGUCCAGCAACUGAUUCGCAGCACAUGCAGCUGAUUUACACCAAGUACUCAUCCGCGUGUAUUUUCACCAAAAAAUCCACCACCUACCAGGCUUGUGUGCAUGGCUCUGCAGAUCUGGAUGAACCACAUUUCUGUGAACAUGUCUUUACUGUACUCAUUUUGCAUUUGCACAGCCAUCCCCAUCCUCAUUCCACUUCUCCAGUUUUAGAAUGGCACAAGUGCCAGAUACUUGAUAAUCUCCAUUGGUGCAUAUGUGUGCAUUUUAUUGGUCAAACACAGUGUGAAUUUGUGAUAGCAGGUUCUAAGUGUUUUGUUGCUUUUGCCGUUUAUCAGCAGGAGUAAAAUAUUGUAAGAAAAAAUAUUAAAUAUAAAACUACUAGAGUAUUUACAUCCAACAAUUUAAAUGUGCUCCACGUACUGGGUACUCGCACAUAUAGCUCAUCAGUCAUACUGAAGUGCUGGCUUGGCGCACACAAAUAAUAUGUUUGCCUACUUGAGUACUUCUCCAGUUAUUGGUUUUUAGAUUUACCUUUUGAUUUUGGCUAGAUGUUUUUUUGUGUUUAAGUGUUCCCUGACCUAGUCAUUCUGCCUGACGUUCGUUCUUGCUUUUUACCUGGUUCCCCAUUCACCUUGCAUGUGUCGUAGCAGCCCUGACAACAGACUGCGUAACGAUUCCUCCAUCACUGACCAUAAAGUGUCCUUUGGUUUUGCAGUUUGCCAUAUCCCUGUAAUUAUUCAUCAGCUGCCUACUGGAGCUAGUUCAGGGUGUGUAACAUGAGGGAUUGAGUGAUAACUUCUGUGCAUCUUUGAUGGGCUUCUAGUGAAUACGGUAUACCGCAGGUUUUAUUUCAUAUACGUUUUUUAUGCCAAGCAGAAGCAACAGAAUUGCGCAAAAGGAACAAUUAAACAUAUCCUCUAAAAAAAAGUUACUGAGUUUACUCCCAUCACACCGUGGUGUUUGCAGCUAUUGGGGCCCAUACAUCUGCAAUUAAUUGGGGCAAUUCCCCAUUCUGCCUUUGUGUGGUUUGGUGGAUCGGCAAAAUCCAACAUGUUGGACAAUUUUGAAUCGCAGCUUCUGACCAGAUUGGAUUUAGCAAAUCAGGGCUUUUUAACAUGCAGUACUUUGCCGAUCCCCAAGAAAUCGCAGAUCAUCGGAGUUCACCGAUUGGCAUUGGGGAAUUGCGCUUAGAUGUAUGGCCCGCAUAACACAGUAGACAAUGGGGUUCAUUAUGAGUUGAUCGCUCGCAAGCUACUUUUUGCAGCGAUGUGAUCAGGUAGUCGCCGCCUAUAGGGGAGUGUAUUUUCGCUUUGCAAGUGUGCGAACGCUUGUGCAGCUGAGCUCUGCAAAAAACAUUUUGUGCAGUUUCUGAGUAGGUCUGAACUUACUCAGCCCUUGCGAUCACUUCAGCCUGUCUGGUCCCGGAAUUGACGUCAGACACCCGCCCUGCAAACGCUUGGACAUGCCUGUGGUUUUCCAAACACUCCCAGAAAAUGGUCAGUUGACACCCACAAACGCCCUCUUCCUGUCAAUCUCCUUGCGAUCGGCCGUGCGAAUUGAUUCUUCGUUAAAUUCAUCGCUCAGCAACGAUCCGCUUUGUACCCGUACGAUGCACCUGCGCAUUGCAGUGCAUGCGCAGUAGUGACCUGAUCACUGCGCUGCGAAAAACAGCAGUGCGCGAACAGGUUGGAAUGACCCCCAAUACCAGAUAAUGACCGCUUUCAAGAAAGUGAUGACUGGGCUAGUUGCAAAAUUUUUCAUUUUGGAAUUGUCAUGAAUUAUUCUGGUGCUGUUGAUAUAUGCGGAGCCUUUCCUGUUAUGAAGGCAGGCAUUUGCAGUGUUUUUUCCAAGUAUAGAAAAUAUUCUAGUAAAAAGGAAUAUGCUCUUUAAGGUUGCCCAUAACUUUCAGUAGCAAAUAAAGAAGGAAUACAGAACAGUUACUUCUCCUUUUAAGAAUAUUUAUGUUUGGUUUUGUUUGAAAGUGUACGUGCACAUAGCAUUAAUCAGACAAUAGACUAUUAAUCGAUGUUUACCUAGAACCAUUAUUGUCAUUUGUAGGUCAGUUAAGGUUUGUAAGAAAGAUGUCCAAGCCAGAAUGAGGCAAUUAUUUCUAAUAAAGUUGGGGAAAUCACUACAUGUUUGUGAAACCUGCUUGCUAAGUAAGGAUAUGGAGCAUGGUGUCUUACUUUGUUCAUGUUAUAAAAUUGGUGAGUGAGCGGAAAAUCACAGGAAUACACUGGCGUGCUCCACUGCACUGACAAGAUUAGCUGUAAUGGUGAGACAACUGUUUGUCUGUGUAACCUGUAGUUCAAAUUGCCAAUAUGACACUUAAUAACGUACUUUUACAUUGUUUGGCUAUUAAUAUUGUGUUCUUAAUAGUUUAUAGUGAUUGAGUGUUUUGGCUUAUUACAUAAUUCUCAGCAAUAUUAUCCAGCCCUACAGAACAGCAUGUGAAGUUCUGUUACUGGCACUAGAGGUCAUUUCUUAAUCUUCUGGAUAAAUACAUUGGGCAAUGUCCAGUUACCCGCGGUCGAUGACCGUGGGUAAUUGUUUCCCCAGGGGCUAUCCUGUUAGACUUGAUGUGGCGUGCUCCUCCCCCCAAUCCAGCACCAAUAGAGCAGUACCAAUUGAUACUUUUUAUAGUGCCCGCCAAUUAACUAAAAAAUUUAUUAAUUGUCGGGCCGCACCAUGGGAUGUGAGAGCAUGGGGACACAGAGGUUUAAGGGGGCCUGCUUCAGGGGUGGUUUAAGAGAGGAGAAGGCCCGUGUGCAGACACCGUCUGCCCCCUUCUCUCUGGCAGCACAGUAGACUCUGGCUUUGUGCCAGUGAUUUGGAUGUGAAAACACUAGCAAUAUUUUUAAUAAUUUGCCCAUUAGUGACUUGGAUACUCCUGAAAUGAGUCACUUUAUAAUUUAAGAAUUUUCUGUUGAACUAAGGAUUGGAGCAUUACUUAUUAUGUGUAUACUUUAUGGCAGUGUUUCCAAACUGGCUCCUCAAGGAGCACAGUUCAUGUUUCCAGGUCUGCCGGCAGGUGUACUGUGUAUCACCAGCUGGCAUAUUUCAAGUAGGUGUAGGCCAGCACAUGUUGGUUCCCACUAAACUGUGGUCUAUAUCAGACCAGCAUUAAUAGUGACUGUAGUAGUUGUUGAGACAAUCACUGUUUGGUGAACAUGUCUAUUCCGAAUACAAUAGGCCGGCAGUGCUCCCAAGAGUUAGAAAGAAUAUUUAUACUGGAAAUAAUACUCAGAACAUCACCAGAACAUUUGUGCAUUGGUGUUCUACUACAAGUUGGUAUUAAAAGCUUUCUUAAUAUCUAUUUUAAUUAAGAUGUUUUCUUGUGAAGCUGAAUUAUUUACUUUUAAUAUUUAUAGCUGCGGUACCAGCAUGGUUGCAGAAUACUUACGGUUGUCACUAUAAAAUGGUUGUAUUGGAGCGGGUAGGUGAAGGCUGCAGAGGCAAACGCAGGAUUUACACUGAUUGCAGUUGCAGUAUGUGCUGAGAUGGUCUCUGAAAAAAACAAUCAGUCCAUCAUGGAGGGGUUUCUGGGUACUCGGAACCCCCUCAUACCCUGCGUGUGCCUCUGGGCUGCGGGAAGAUUGGUCAGAAUCUUCAUGCUCUUAAUGCAGCUUUUUAUUGGUUUUCCCCUUCACGCAUUGCCUAAGCAAAUCACAGAAAAAAACAGUGCAUGGUAUCAGGAGGGGAGGAAACAAGUAACUGCAUCCAUGGUAUUGUAGUUUUAAAGAUCUAAACUCUGGACAAGGGUUUAAGGAACUACAUAAGAAAGAAAGAAAGAAAGAAAGAAAGAAAGAAAGAAAGAAAGAAAGAAAGAAAGAAAGAAAGAAAGAAAGAAAAAAAGAAAGAAAGAGAAAAAAUAGCAUGAUAAAUGUUAUAACAUCAGGCAUGGGCUUACUGCAGCUAGGUGUCCUCGUUUUCUGUUCUUCCACUAUAUGCUACUGCGUCACUUCUGCCAUUGAGGUCCCUGGCCCCAACCUCUACCAUGUAACAUCUUUAUAAAAGAAAGAUCAGUAAAAUGCAUCUGUCAGCAUUUAAUAAUGGUCACAUUAACACUAAGGGGUUUAUUAACUAAGCGCAUUAGCCGCUGCUUGUCUGCGUGUUUAUGCACCAAAAACAAGCAAUAUUUUGAAUAACAAAAUACUGGGUGAAUUUUUUUUAAUUUGGGGCUUAAAGAUACCGGCAACUGGAGACUUUAACAAGCUGCCACUUAGUAAAUAGUGUGGACCUACUUAAUAAAUAUUGCAGACCUAGGUCUAAGUUGGAAAGCAUAUAUGUAAACAAAGAUGGUAAAAUGAUUAAACAAGGAGCAGCUGCCUCUUCUGAAAUUCUUAGGCAUAGACCUAUUUUGCCUUAUUACAAAUCUGGACCUGUUGUGUAAGAAUCAAAAGGUAUAAGAAAAAGUAUGUCUUUAUGUGCAGAUAUCUUGUUUAUUUUGCACACUGCUGAUCACCAUUGUACAGUAAUACCUAUGUACAUUUAGCCUUUUACAACACUCCAGCCUUUUGAAAUUUUGUAAAUAUUCAUAUUUAUUUGGAAGUAAAUCACUUUAAUAAAGCUUAUAAAUAAGUCGAGGCUGGUUAUGCUCAGAGAGCACAUAUCACUAUAAAGUAUAGUUACAUUGAUUGUUAUUUACAGUAUGUCUAAGCCUCUUUUAGUUUCUAUUGUAACAGAAGAAAUGAGGAAAUGUUAUUAUUUAAAGGGUUAUCCAUUCUUUCUGUUACUAAGUGGGACCAAACCUGUUUACCAUGUACAUUUCCUUUUCAGCAAGCAUCCACUAAAACUAUCAUUAUUUUAGUUUUUUUCAAUCUGCUGUUUGUGUUAUUACUGCACAUAUAACCUAUAUUGAAACUGGUAAAGUACUGUUCUUUAUGAAGCACUGUUCUAGUUGGCUUUGAAACACUGUCCAAGGAACUUGUGAGCUCUGAUCAUGUGAUUACAAGCCAACGUUCAGAAAAUCAUGUGGCUGUUUAAUUGUAUUAUUAGUGCUUCUGGCAACUUUACUACAACAACAAAAUAUUGUAUUUUUGUAUUAAUGUAUUUUAACUUUAUCUGGAAAAAAGUGCUUACUACAAAUGCUAUUUUACAAUUAAUUUGGCUUUUUUUCCUGUUUGCUAUUCUUGUACAGUGAUGUAUUUACUUAAUGAAUAAAACAGUUAAUAAAUGUUUAGUGAAGCAAAAA